UUAGUAACGCCACCCCAAAACCUCGUUUAUAUCCCCAACAUAGGAAACCUCAGGUGCUUUAGAGAGUCUCUAUUCGCUAUCGACCCUUGAUGGGGCCCGUGCAGGCGUGGUGUUAUCAAUAUCGUGAUCGCGCUUUGGACUGGGGGGGGGAUAGUAGCACAGAGGCUUUCUUGAGAUAAGGUUUUGGCUGGCCAAUAGGCCGCUUGCGCGCGAUGCGUUUGCCUUUGCCCGCUAUCGUUUCGCCCGCUGACGUUAGCUCAACGUUUGGGAGGGAGUCGUGCACCCAUGUACCGAUGCAUCUGGACGCCUUCAUUGGCGGAGAAGGGAGAAAGGGGUGUUUGGCAGAGGAAGGCCCUGGCAGGGUGGGCACGGGCAGUGGCUGGGGGGUCUUUGGUAGUGACGCACCGUGCGUCGGUGGAUCCGAUCUGCGGGGUCAAAGGCAGGCAGGUCGUGGGUCGUGGUAUUGGGAGCUGGGGAACUCUCGUUCUUGGCGGAGAAGACCCAAGUAUAUAAGCUUGGUCUCUCUGGUCUGGAACUUGGCCCCUUUAGUUUACAUACUUUUUAAGAUCUCGUUUCCCCCCCUCUUAGAAACCUCAAAGUGUUUUUUUUCUUCCAAUUUUCCGAAGAACAAAAGAAUAGAGAAGAGGAGAGAAAGGAUAGAAAAGAUGACAUCCAGGACCCCAGCAAUCACAAUCGUGGAGCCCUCCAUUCAUGAUGGCGACGACUUGAGUACGUUCCGUUCCGCUCCUUGCUUUUGGGACCCUCUGGGAGAUCGAGGGAACAAUGAAUGAAUGCAGGAACAGAAAAGCUGACUGGUGACUUUCAGGCCGCAUCCCAACGAACGGUUCCGGCUCCCUCUCUGCAAUCGACGAGGACCGCGAGCAUAAGCAGGACUGGACCG